AUGGAGUUACAAAAGAAUUAGGAUUAGUAGUUGUAAUCUUUAUAGAAUUAGAGACCAUUGUCAAUUGAGAGAUUAAAAGAUGUUUUGAAUAGAAAUUAUCUAGGCACUGCAAAUCAAUUCAAAAGCUCUUAUUAAAGUACUCAUUCACAAAUUUUAAUUAUCUUGCUUUUAGACGAAGAAGAAAAUAAUAAACAGUUAGAUUAAAGUCAAAAAAAGCAGCAACUUAAGACCUAAACAAUUUUUGAUAAGCAAGCGUUUUAACAUUAAUAGCCUAGAUAAGUACCACAAAAUAGAGACAUUUAAACUUAGCCUUCAUCAAAUAAGAAUGAUAAAAAUGCAAGUAAAAAUGAAGAUUAUUAGUCUACUCUACUCUCUAGAUUCUUAAAAGAGCCUAGAAUUCCACCAAGUUCUAAUAUCGUUAACAAGAGAAAAUCAUUUGCACCAGUUAAUAAAAGCUUAAAGACUGGAAUCAAUAGGCUCAAUUAAACCACAAACAAUGGAGAUAAUGAAAAUAAUAACAGAGCAAAAAAGCCAGCAAAUGUGAAUACAUAAAAAAAGUCCUCAUAAAAGCCGGUUAUUUCUUACAGAAAUCAAAGUGAAAUAAUGAAAAAAAUAUUUGGAAAUGAGUAGCAUUACAAUUAAGUCAAAAGCUUGUUUAGAAGGCCUGAGGACAAUUAUAUGAGCAAUAAUCCUGUAUAGGAAGCUUAAAAGAUUUAGCCUCACUAAUAAAAUCAAUAAUACGAUAAAAACAAUACUAGUUAGUAUCGAGCUCAAAGUACUCCUCAUCAUUAGCAUAAUAAAUUGGAAGAUUAGAAUGCCAAUUCUCAAAAUAACACCAAUCUCAAAUAAUUAAAACCUUUAAAUAGUCCAAAACUCAUCAAGAAUGUGGACAAUAUAUAUUAAGAUAAGGUGAUUCUUGCAAAAUCAAGGGAAAAACUUGAGUCUAUUGAUCAUAACAGAAUGUAAACAUAACCCUUACCUGCUGUGAAUACUGGGGCUGAUUAAGUUGAAAAAGCUAUAUUUGACCUUUAAGAUGUGAAAAAUAACUACUUUUAAGAAAAAUCUAUGUAUGAUUAGAAAAUUCAGCAGAUUUAGAUAAAAUAGCAAAAUUCAACAAUUUACGGAAAUAGUUUCCUUUAAGGUGUAUAAAAAACCUAAUCCAGUUUCUUUGGCCAAACAAAUAGACCUAUGACCUCGGGUAAUUUAUUUAAAAAUCAUUAGCUAAUUAAUGAUGAAAAUAUACUUAAGAGUGACCUUGAAAAGGUAUCAAAAGAGGACUUAAGAGAGAGAUUAGUUGUGGCUGAGCUCGUGAUGAAAAAGCUUUUUCAAAGAAAUAAGGAUUUAGAGGAUUAGAUAUAAACUACCAAAGAAGAAUAAAAUUCUCCAAGCAAAAUUUAAACUAUUUCCAAUGAAACUCCAUUAAAAACUUAAACUAAGGAUGAUAAUGAUUCAUAAUUAAACAAGUCACAGAUAAGUAAGAAAUAAGAUCAUAGCCUAAUCAAAGAAAAUUCUACUACUAAGGACGAUGCUGAUGAAACAGAAAAUAAUUGCAUGUAGUGCAUUACCUUAAGAAAAGAAUUGGUAGAAAAAGAAAAUGAAGCUCAGCUUAAACUCAAUGAGCUUUAACUUUAACUUAUAAAUAAAGCUAGUUCAUCAAAGAAUGAUAAUCAUCUAUAGUAUCUCAAACUUAGAUUAGAUGAGACAAUGAAUGAAGCUAAAAGGCAUUUUACUAACUAUAUUCAAGUUAGAAAUUCCUUUAACUCAUUCUUAGAAAGUAGACUCAAUUAAAACUAAAUCUAAGGUGGAACUAAAGGACAAAAAAUAUAGAAUGAUAUUUUAAGUAUGCUUAAGAAAAAUCUUGAACAGUAAGAGCACAUUUUUACAGAUGAGUCUUAAUAAUUCAAAAGAAGUUUAUAAAGAAUUGAGGGGACCAUAGAUAGAAAGGACUAAAUCAUUAUUAAAAAGGAUAAAAAGAUCAAAGUACUUAACGAGGAAAUUGAGAGAAGAUAAUUCUUAGAAAGCAAAGUAUAAAAAUAUGUAAGAGGGCUUAUUGCUCAGAAUCAGAAAUGCAAUGAGUUCAUAGAAUCUCUUUUAAGCACCUCUUACAAUAAAAAGUAAAUUGAAGAUUUCCUUAGGGAAAUAAAAAAUAAAGAUUUCGAUGAGAAUGAAGGGGAAUCGACAGAGAAUGAAGGAGAUGAGCAAGGUGAAGAUGAUAUUGAAAAUGGUUCUUUAGAAAUAAAUGAUUUAUGA